UCAAUUAUUUGUUUGCACAUUUGUUGGUAAAUUACUCUGCUGCAGUUGCUAUAAAAUUGUUUAUCAGUGUGAAAUUAAUCAUUUUAUUAACAUGGUAAUAUUUGAAAUUAUAUUGAAUAGUGUCUCUUUAUCUACUGUAAAAUAGUAAGUGAUACUGUGCUGGGUACUUGUCUUCCUAAAUACAUACGUAAAUACCUACAAACGUAAUAAAAUAAGAUUUGAGGGGUUUACUCGAAAUACUCGUGAUCAAUGUAGUUCUAAACCGGUCGACAAAGGAAACAGGUGUUGCAUGCAUCAUUUACUCUACGCAGGCUUAAAAAAUAACAACUACAUCAAUUAAGGUCGCUUCAGGACCAAUUAAUGCACUUUAGAUUGAAUAUGCUGAUAGCUAACGUUUGUUGCACGCAAAAUGGUUCCGGGUCAACGUGAAAAGUGCUUAUUACUGCCACAAAGGAGUCAUCACAAGCGCGACAUCACGGAUAUAUAUUCCUCAACUGACUUGGAAACAGCAGAGGUUGGCAAUAGUGAUAUGGAUUGUAGUGAUGAAGAGCUGGAGUAUAAGAGGACAUCGCAGCAGUAUUAUGGAAAGCACGAGUUUUCCUUCAUUCAAAUAAUGAUGUCGGGAUUGCGUUGGCGAAAACGUGCUGUAAUACGUAUAAUAUGUUGUACAAUGAUAUUACUUUUAAUGUUAAUGUCAUUCUACAUGCCACUUAUUCCGAACAUGCACACACGACAUACUGCACUACCGGAUUGGGGCUUCAAUACGUCCAGGAAUUUAGCUGAUUAUGUGCUACCUGAUAACAACACAGUGAUUCUGGAACCUCAGCAUGUGUGUCAAAAUAAGUUGUUUCUACUGGUUGUUGUUUGUUCAAGUAUACAGAACUUUGCCAUAAGACAAGUCAUACGUGAAACAUGGGGCAACACAUCUCACUUCAAUAUUGGCAUGUUUGCGAAACUACAUAAGCGUUUUGAAGGUCAAUACUUGGAACCGUCGCCAGAACGUUUACAAUACUAUAGCAAAUUCCUAAAUCUGUCAACAAAUGACACACGUACUAUUCCUGUUGUGAUACCGGUAAAAGUUUACUUUAUGUUGGGUCGUCAUGGACCCAAUGCUGAUCCGUCAAAUGAAACAUCAUCACUUAUACGCUCAGAGUUCGAACAAUACGGCGAUAUUAUACAAGAAAAUUUCAUCGAUACUUAUAACAAUUUGACCCUCAAAUCAGUGCUUGCUCUAAAAUGGAUGACUCAACGUUGCGCACGGCGAUCGGCAUUCUUUAUGAAAGUGGACGAUGAUACUUUCCUAAAUGUGCCAAAUCUUCUGCACUACCUAUUAGGUGGCACGAUACCGCUCUACAACGAUACUUUGGAUUUGUAUGACACAAACACAUACCAUGUGUUAUUACCACGAAAUCGCUUCAACAUUACCAGAAAUUACCUGGGAGGUCAUUUAUUUUGUUCCUCACGACCAGUGUCGUUGGUUAGCAAUAAAUGGUAUAUGCCAUACUACAUGUUUCCGGGCGAUAAAUAUCCAAAAUACUUGAGCGGCUCCGCAUAUGUUAUGUCUGCCGACGUGGUACCACGAUUAUACCAAGCCGCUCUAAAUACCACCUUCAUACACAUCGAAGAUGUCUACUUAACAGGCAUAUGCGCAGAAAAAAUUCACCUGCCCCGUCGUCACAAUGCACUAUUUAGUUAUACUCGUGCCAGGGACUGGUGCAGUUUUCGUGGAAGCAUCUCGCAGCAUGAAGUGAAAGAUGAGAGUAUGUUGGAUGCCUAUUUAUAUGUGACCAAUACGAGCUUGUAUUGCGCGCCUCCUGCUAAAUAUAUGAAUAAGCGCUUGCAUAAGCAAAUCGGCUGUGUUUGAGUAUAUGAAAAUUGAGACUGUCAUGCGAAUGUUAUAUUUAUGUAUAUUUCGAUUAUUGUCGUAUUUUAAUGUUCUUUAGUUAUUUGAUUUUAUUUUGUGUUUCGUUUUGUUUUCAUAUUUUGCACCACCGUUAAGAAUGUGCUUCGCAUUAGAUUAAGUUGAAAAAAAAGUACGCAAUAAUAUAUACGUGUACAUAUGUAUAUACAUAUAUAAAAGUUAUUCUAUAUUCAUAAGUAUUUGAAAGCUACAGAUGAUUUUAAAAAUAUUUUAAAUUUCCACUUAACCGCAUUAUAUGCAACCUGCUCCACAACCAUUUCGCACAAGUUAAUCAAGUAAGCAAAGAAAUAGUCCAAAUACAAGAACAAUAUCAGUAUGUUAUUUUAAUUACUUAUGCAUGUAGCUGUGUACGUCCCUAAUCAAAUCUACAUAUGUAAGUCCCAAUACACGAUUAGGCAAUAAUAGUUUUAACAUAAUUCAAGUUUUUACUAAAGUUUACCAAAUUAUUCUUAUGGAUUAAGCUAAAGUCUGUCCUUGUUUAACAAAGUCUGUCAUUUGUUGUAAACUGAAAGUUCUAUUCGUAAAAUAAUAAUAAAAAUGUAAAUACAUGGAAACAUAUCUUGAUAGAAAGUGUACUAUGUCGAAUUAGUAAAAUUUCGUGGCCGUCUUUUUAAAUUUAUAGUUUGUGAAUUGUGCUACGACAAGGAUAUAUUUAUAAUUAUAUACAAUUGUAAAACAAAAACAAAAAAUCGGGUUUAUUGAUUUAUGGUUUAUUUAAAAAUAAUAAUUGUGAUUUUCCAGCCAUCUAUAUAGUUGAAAUAAUCGAUACUCUGUAAAGUACUUAAAAAACUAAAAUAGAGACACAGGCAGCCGACUAAAAAUUUAUAAAUAUUAUAAUGUCUAUGUCUUUUGCACAAUAAGGUUUAUUCAAAUUUACGUUUUAUUUUAAAUAUAUGUUUUUUUUUGAUUAUGCGAAAACAAAUGAUGAUGUCACUACGUUCCGUGAAUCACAUAUUAAACCAAGUUAUAUUGAAUUUUCAUUUUUUUUUAAUUUUAUCUAAAUAUUUUUCUAAAAUGUUUCUUCAUACAUAUCUAGAUUUUAAACCGCUUUUUUGAGCACAACCGUUGGUCUGCAAAGCUCCUAGCCACCUUUUUACACUUUUUUGACGAUGUUGUUGUGCUAACUAAAUUUUUGCUUCCGAAUUUUAGAAAUGUUUAUAAACUUUUUCAAUUCUGAAGACUUCAUUGGUUUCAAUUGACAAUAAAAUCUUCCCAAUUUUUCAAACAUUUAGUGCACAAACAUUUAAAAAUAAUACACCAAUGGCAAUAGAAUUACUUUGACGCACUGUUGUUUGUUUUUUGUUUAAGCUCUAUGAAAUAAUUAAGUGUAUGUAUGUAUAUUGUAAGUAAAAGUAUUAUGCACAAUUGUUUAAAUGUAUACGAGUAUUUCUAUGUAACUUCACAAGUGAAUAGUCCAGGUGUGUAACAUACCUUUGUAUUAAUAUGUUCAUAGGUCAAUGAAAUAAAAUACACAUAAAUGUUGCCAUACUUUUAAAUGCAACUGUGCCAAGUAGCAUUGUUAAAUGUUCGCUAUACAUUACAUAUACAUUUAUACUCAAGACACUAAAAUUUCGAAUUACACAUUUUUGUUAAAAAUUUCUUAUAAAAGAAGUAUAUAAGAUUUGAUAAAUAAAACAUCAGAAGACGCUGGA